AUGGGUCCAGCUCGCCAUCUCCGCGGCCUCACCGCCGCCGCGGCCCUCCUCGCGGCGGCCCUCGUGCUCUCCGCCGCCGUCCCGGCCGCGAGAGCCCAGGAGGAAACCGAGCACGAGGAGGAGUUCAGCUACGUGGUCGGCGACGAGAACGGGCCGGAGCACUGGGGCAGCAUCAAGGCGGAGUGGGCCAACUGCAGCGCGGGGCGGAUGCAGUCCCCGAUCGACCUCUCCCACGAGCGCGUCUCGCUGGUGCGCUCCCUCGGCUACCUCACCCACUCCUACCGCCCCGCCGAGGCCUCCAUCGUCAACCGCGGCCACGACAUCAUGGUGAGGUUCAAGGGCGACGCUGGCAGCCUGGUGAUCAACGGCACGGCGUACUACCUGAAGCAGAUGCACUGGCACUCGCCCACCGAGCACACCGUCGACGACCGCAGGUACGACAUGGAGCUGCACCUGGUGCACGAGACCCUGGAGAACAAGGCGGCGGUGAUCGGCAUCCUCUACGAGAUCGGCGGCGAGGACCCGUUCCUGCAAGCGCUGGAGCCGUCCAUCCACCGGAUCGCCGACAGGAAGGACAGGGAGGAGCCCGUCGGCGUGGUGGACCCGCGGCGCGCGCGCGGCAGGGCCAGCGUCUACUACCGCUACAUGGGCUCCCUCACCACGCCGCCCUGCACCGAGGGGGUCAUCUGGACCGUCGUCAAGAGGGUUCGCACCGUGUCCAAGCACCAGCUGGAGCUUCUCAGGGAAGCCGUGCACGACGGCAUGGAGAAGAACGCGAGGCCGGCUCAGGACGUGAACGACAGAGAUAUCAGCAUCUUCCGUCCUAAGCCCCAUAAGCACUACUAG